AUGAAACUAAAGGUUGUCGCCGACAAGCCGAUCGAGCUGCGCAAAUGUCUCUCGUUUCUCAUUGGACUGCGACGGAUGUGUGUGUUCCGCUUUACAGAGCAGCAAUUGAUCAUAGUGUCUUCUGGACUGAACGAACCCACUGUCUGGUGUAAGCUUGAUUCAAGCAUAUUUCAGCUUUACGAGGUGGAUUCGACACGCAACAAUGUGAUACCGUUCGAGAUCAACAUUGAGCCUCUGCUGCAGGUACUGCGCAAUUACGAAAAGUCCAACGUGUCCAGCAAUGGACAGCGAUCUGAGGAUUGUGGAGCCGACAAUGGACAGCAUGAAGCUGGCCAUGAAGUUGCCGAUGCGGAUCGUGCCCUUGCUCAAACGUCUCGAGCGCUACCGGACGUCGGACCUGAUAUCCAUUGUGGGAAAUCAGACCGGACAGCUGAAGUUUGUCAUCGAAGAAGAACAGCGCAAAAUCGUGGUCCAGUGGAAAGAGCAGCUGGACGUUCUGCCCGACGACGAGGAUGCGGCGCCGCAGAGCUGGGACUCGAGUGUGCUACGGCCGGUGUCGCUGAAAGUGAAGCUCAAGCACUGGAACGUUGGUGCGAGGUUGAUGGAGCUGUGUGA